UUUGUAUUUUUGCAAUGUAUGCUUUACCUAGAAAAUCAUGACUUUGUUUUCUCAGGGCAAUUCUUCGAGUCCCUUCCCUGAACAGAAACACGGGGGGCGCCACUUUUCCAGCGAGUCCACCUACUCCCAUUCCUCCGCAGAGGAGUCGCGGCAGGACGCCACCGGCAGCACGCACUCCUCGGGGUGUCGCCCCACCUAUAGAGAGCGCCGGUCUUGGCAAGAUUUAAUAGAGACGCCCCUGACCAGUUCCGGCCUUCACUUCCUGCAGACGGUGCCCUCCGAUUCGGAGCAUGUGGGGGGCAGGAUGGCGAUGUCACCAGAAAGGCGCAAACAAGCCACGCUACCGGUCCAGAGGCGCCAUAACCAUGAAAGAGACGGGCCCUUCCCCCUAGCAGAGUGUCCCCGGAGUCACACGGCGCACGCCCGAACGCAGAAACAGCGCAGCCAAAGCUUGCCGAGGAACAGGGAUGGGAGGGGGAAGAACCGAGGGAAUAACAACACAGAACCACUAGAGGAAAAGAUGGAAGAUGAAUUACCGAAGAGGAAGCACAGCAGUUCCAGUAGAGAAGACAGUAAGAACGAGAACCGCUCCAGCACAGACGGCCUGGAGGAGCUCUACAAGACCUUGGAACAAGCCAGCCUAUCCGCCUUCGGGGAGCAGCGACCUUCCACCAAGCAGGAGUUCCGGAGAUCGUUUAUUAAAAGAUGCAACGACCCCGUCAUCAACGAUAAGCUGCACCGCAUCCGAGCACUGAAAAGCACUUUAAAAGCAAAGGAAGGAGACCUCUCCGUCAUCAACUGCCUCCUGGACGACGCGGUUUUCUCAUCCAAGAAGUUCAGAGACUGGAAACAAAAAAACUUUGAGUUCUUCAUGGAUAUUUGUGAGUACAGCGGAACCCUGAAACCUCAGAACGGUGCCUCCGAACUGGCCGCACCCCAACUCACACACACGCACUCCUUCAUUGAAACGCACGUCUGAUCGGAGGUGAUGGAACAUCCGCUGGGUGCCCUGGAAGGAAAAAGAAAAAACAUUGUAAUAUUUGUACAUAAUGUAAGGAAAACCGAUUUGUAAAUAGAUUGGAUACCAGAAUAGUGCCACAGGAUGCCUACCACAUUGCAUGAGCAAGCCAGUAUUAUUAUUAUUUCUUCAAGUAUUUUUUACUUUUGUGGUUUGUACCGAGGUCAGUAAUCCACCCAAAGAAAGGAACUCCUCUUCAAAGUGCAACUGAAGUCUUUAAGGAGGUUCCAGAAGGAAGACUUUGUUCCCUUUUUUUCAAAUUAUGAAGGUUUUUCGGCAAAUUUUGGAUGGUUGACGUCAAGCCAAUUCUGUACGUGGCUUUCAAUGAGUUCGUUUGUGGAAGGGUUUGUCUACAUCGGUGGUCUCCAAACUUGGGCCAGAUAUAAAAACGGCAUUUUGUUAAGUGACCCCCAUGCGUUGCUACCAUUGUGGCGGUCUCAGAUGAUGUUCGCUAGGUGAGCCCAUCAUGCCCAAACCCUUCCACAAGCUAGCCUGCUAUGGAAACAGACAAUAUGGCUGCUUACAGGUGGAGUUGGCCUUGACACUUCCAAAAUACACCAAAAAGCCUUCAUGCUUCGAAGACGCGAACCUCCUACUUUACAGCGUUAAGGUUACCAUCAUAUUAAAGGUGCAUCUCAACGAGCAUCCUUCUCCCGCUCAGCGUGAAGAUGGCCGUUGUUGGGAUGGAAGGUUUAUCGCCAACGCCAUUCACCAGAACGUGAUGGCGCCAUUAGGAGAUGAUGGCCUUGGACCCCCGUUCUCACCUUUGCACUUUGGUGUUCAUUUCAAUACAAAGCACAUUGACAUUU